GUUCCGUGAGCGCGCCGUGGUGGUGACAGUCGCCAUUUUAUUUUGAAAAUCAAACUGAACUGGAGGCAUAGAGACCCUUCCAUUUCGUCAAGUUUAUGGUUAGAAACAAGAAGGGAUGAACAUCUGAAUUACUUUCUUGGGAGCACGGUGAGAUUUUGAAUACAUCUAAAUACAACUACAGUUAAAUGGUUUAUCUAAAAUCAAACUGUAACCAUAUUUAUUCGGAGGCUUACCGUUAGCAACCAGCGAGGGGUCGUCUAUUUGCUGAAAACCAGCUGUCAUAAUGCUCACAGCAAAAGAGUAAAGACUCGUUAUUGUCUUAAGUUAGAUAUGUUAUCUUGAAUAUAAACGCGUAACUGUUGUAAGACAAAAAAAGAAAGUAGGCUGGUGUAGGUUUUCGCUUUACCACAGGACUGCAAAUAGUCGAAGUAUCUUUCAAGUUAGCGAUUCCGGAGAUUACAUGGAGCCAUUGCAAAUAAGCUAACGUUUACAAGGUGAAUGCUAACCUUAGCCGACACGAUCCCGCAAACACACCACAAUACUCGCGGCCUACAGGCUUACGGCCAGGAUGUUCUGAACGGGUCGGGAGUCUUGAUAUUCAACCAAGAUCUCAUAGCGCAAAAUACUUGUCGUACAGUAAACAAAAAGAGAAGAACUGUAUCGAUGUUUUGCCGAUUCAUUCACACCAGCUUGAAACGCUCUGGUGUUGCUUAAGUUAGCUUCGUGUACGUGCUACGCUUAUAGCAUUAGCAUGUAGCCUGCAGGGAGUUCAUUCGGAAAUGCUAGAUUUCAGAUAUGAAUCACUUGGCAGGCCUCGACGAUAAUCAGGUUUGUACUUUGUAAAAUAACUCCCAAAAGUAUAACAAUGAUCGGCAAGAAUGUGCGAGCGGACUGACGGCCAAUGUAUAUAUUGGAUACAUUAUUCAGUGAACAUGUUGGCUAAUGUCUGAAAGUUAUCCGGAGCUAGUGAUCACCAGCAUCAUGGUGAGAGUUAUCGAAGCUUGAUUUCUAUGGUUAACCCACGAGCAAGUCACCAAAGUUGUUUUGAAGUAAUAACUCGCAAGAAAAAUAAAUCAAUGCAAUUUCUCUUUUGUCUCUGGUGCCGCUGAUGAUCAGUUGUAGAGAGCUGUUUGAGAGUAACUGUGAGGAAGUGCUAACUGACAUUAGCCUGGCUUUGUUUUGCGGGAUGAGUAAAAUAUCUCUUUAUACUUGAAAUUCUGUGCUAGCUUUCUGUAAUACGAUGUUUUGGAAGAUCAUGCUCUCAGUACUUGAUGAAAUUUGGAGCCAGUUACGUUUGAAAGCCGCAUAGAAAGGUUAGCUUUAAUGUGUGUGCCUUCUACUAAAGUACAGACGGGGCCUAGUGCGAACUAAUCGCACGCCAAGUUUAUAUAACUCUACCGCGUCUCUGCUAGGAAAGGGUCCAGGACUGCAUAGACCCAACUUUUAAAAGCGCAGCUGACCCUUUUUAUUAGUUAAUACAUGCAAGCCAAUAAAAGAAACAGUUACACGACUCUUAGUCUACUACGCUUCUGGGCCUCAAGUCUGUUUUUCAGUGUUUUGUACUGUCAGUGGGUUGGAAAUGUUGUCCCUCUGAAUCAAAGACUGCACAACAAAAAGUUUCGAGGAUCUUAGAGAGACUUAAAGGGAUAUCCCAGUGUAAAAUUAAUUUAGGGUCAAACACACCGUAACACCGAGUUAGACACCCCCUCGUGAGAUGAAUGUUACAGACCGCUUGCUUCUCUAGUUAUACCAACUUUAGCAAAAACCGCACGAUAGCAAUACACAGCGGUCUGAGCAGCCAUACACAAACCUCAACCAAAACGCCACUCUAUAGCCACAAAUAAUGCUCAGAACAGCACCUUACUUCAUCAACAGUACAUAUAGGGUCCCAGCUAUAGUACUAGUCAUCAAACAUCUUUUUAACUUUGCCUGGUUUCUUUAGCAAAGAGACAAAGACAACGCACCUACUCUCUUCCAGCAGCCGCUUGUUUGUAGCGAGACCUCAGGCCAGUCCAUUACGGACUGCUGCGGAGUGAUGCUGCUCAAGGAAGAACAUUUAUGAUCAUUUCUUCAUGGAAAUGCAAUCCAUCCGAGACGCUAAGGUAGAAGAACUAUUGCGUCUGCAGUGCAAAAUGAUUAAUAUGGUGAUUAUUACUUCAAGGAAAUGAUAAAAAAAUUAUCAAAUGUUCUUACUUGAGCUGCGACACCCCGCAGCAGUCUGAGUUCUCACUACAAACAAGCGGCUGCUGGAAGAGAGUAGGUGAGUUUUGUUUAGUCUCUUUGUUAAAGAAACCGGGCAGGGCUAAAAAGAUGUUUGAUGGCUGGGACCUUAUAUGUACUGUUGAUGAAGUAAGGUGCUGUUCUGAGCAUUAUUUGUGGCUAUAGAGUGACUUUUUGGUUGAGGUUUGUGUGUGGCUCCACAGACCACUGUGUAUUGCUAUUGUGCGAUCAUUGCGGAAGGUGGUAUACCCAGAGAAGCAAGCGGUCUGCAACAUUCAUCUCUCGAUGGGGUGUCUAACUCUGUGUUACUGUGUGUUUGACCCUACAAUAAUUUUACGCCGGAAUAUCCCUUUAAUUUGUUGAUGACUUUUCAUCAGUUAUUUCUUUCAAAGAAUGUGCUGUGUGUCUUGAUGAUAAUUCUGACCUUUUUGUCAUUCUGUCAUAGAUGCUGAACUUGGUUUUAAACUGAAGGACCCUACUUGGCACUGGUAGCCCUGACCGGAAAACCCAUUUGGAAGCCAACAUUAUUCACACCUUUGGGGGGGGGGAGCUGAAGUAACCUAUCACUGAAGUGACUAAAGGGGAAUAAUGGUGAUUUUGCGCCGUGCUCGGCCGCCUGCUUCCGCCCCAACCAGCAAUGAAUCUUGACUCGCUCUCGCUGGCUUUGUCUCAAAUCAGCUAUCUGGUGGACAAUUUAACGAAGAAAAAUUACAGAGCCAGCCAGCAAGAAAUACAGCAUGUAAGUAGUUGUCCAGAAAUCAGACACACUUUAACAACCAGUGAAUAAAAAUCCAUGCAAAGUGCUGUAGAGUGUUUCCUUAGUGCGUGUGUUCUGAUAUUUUCUCUACUCAGAUUGUAAAUCGUCACGGUCCUGAGGCAGACAGGCAUCUACUACGCUGUCUCUUCUCCCAUGUGGAUUUCAGUGGCGAUGGUAAAAGCAGUGGCAAAGACUUUCACCAGGUAAUUUGUGACCAGAGAGAAGUAGAUAUUCUUCUUUUUUUUUACAGACCACACUAAUCUGCUUUGUUUAUGAGCACAGUAAACUUUGUUUCAUUCUUGAUUGUAAAAGACACUGCCUUCUAGAUCUAUGGUGUUGGUUCACCUCAUAACUAGAAUUGGAUGGGGUCCAAAUUUUGAUAUCCUUAAACCUCCUCCAUAUUUGACCAGGCAUACAGUGUGACUGUAACAAAUAGAUAGGCCUCCUUCGGCCUGCUUCUUAGGAGCUGACCAAAUUAUUCAUUCAUUUAUAUAGUCCACAUGUUGUCACCUUAGAGCUAAAACAAAACUAGCAAAAAUAUACCUGUCACAUUUAGCACAUGAUAUCCACUGAUAUGGCACUGUCACUUUUGUAUUUAGUCAUUUCGCUAAACGCCCACUUUACACACAACGCCAUGCUCCUGCCUUUCGGUGACAUUAAAAAGUAUGACAAUGAGAUAAUUACUGUAAAUCACCGCCAUGCAGAGACUCUUCUCUCUUGCCGUAGUUGCUUUCAGAGCAUGUAAAGUUCAAGGUAGUAGACUCCUAAUUAUUGGAUCUCACAAAUAUGUAAAAGGUUUUUGUUUGUUUACCAUAGAAGUCUGUAACUUAGUUUCAGUGUAUCUUGCAGUGAUACAAGUCUGGCCUUUUCCACUGUUGAGCUCUUGCUUCCAUAAACACAAGCACUCACACCCAACUAAGAGCUCUAUUUAUCACAAUCCUCAGAUCACAGAUAUUAAUUGAUGUUUAGCAUCAUUCAUACACUAACAUUGUGUGGUUCUGUGAUCAAGCACAAAAACUAAGUAAAUAUCAACUUACUGUCCUCUGUUUUUAAGCACGCUGACUGUUACUUCACACAAGAUCCUGUCUAAAACCAAAUUUUUAAUAUUAUUUAACAACUUUCGAAAAACUUCUAACAGAAACAGUGAAUGAUGGAUGAGCAAGAACAAAAGGGAAUCCCUCUGCCCACAGGAGGGGAGACAAGUGAGACAAAAAAUGAGGACCUCUGUCCUAAUCGAACUCAGUUGACCUGGGAAGUGUGUGAACAAUGUUAAAAGUGGCUCUAAAACACGCUUAGUGCAUACCAUGUGCGCUCAUCCAUGGGUAUGGAUUUAUAAUCAGUGAGCAAUGAUUUGUAAAGGGGUUUAAUUUUGUCACUAUCACUGUCUCCAGGGAUUCCCCUACAUGUAAUCGAUUGUGGCUCACCGCCACAGCAAAAUAAUCGCCUCACCUUAAAAGUGAGUUGUUUUUUUUUUCUGAGGCGCUACCUUGGACUCAGUGUGUAUUAGUAUAUGCAGUGCUGCACAGCAGGGGCCAUGAGUAUCAGCGAGUUGUGGUCCUCUCAAUCACACAGCAGAUUAAUUGUGAAAUGAAUUCCGAGCCAAAUUUGCCCUGUCUCAGAAUUCACUGUGAGCCCUCCGACACACAAAGGAAUAGAUACACAAGAGGAGGAGUAAGAGAACAGGUGAAGCAACAUCUCACAACAUUAAGUUGGCUAAUAAACUCAAUGGACUCGCAUGUAAUCAAUUAUUUCUGCUGAUAUCCUGAAAAUUAUGUUUAAUCUGCGUGGCAUGUCUUUUGAUGGUUGUCAUGAUUAAACAACAGUUAAGCAUCUUCGUUUCGGUUUUCACAUCACUCUGACGUACGUGUACUCAGGGUGUAGACACCAGGAGUGAACACUGAUCCUGUUAGUUUAGCGGUCUAUAUGUCUGCCCACCGUGUUAACGAUCACCAUGUCGAGCAGGACGUUAUUGCUUCAUUAAGCGUUUCUCGGGUGUCUAUGAUGGUAAUGGCACCACAACACUAAUCUGUGUUGAAGUACAACAGUCAUGGGACACAGCUGUAGAUGCUGUGGGCACAGCGGCACGUCCUGUGAUGUGACUCUUGCACAUGCUCACUAUUGCAUUCGUUCAAUGUUCAGUUUAAAGAGAAAGAAAGACAUCAAACGAUCCCCUAGAGGCCUAAUAAUGAUUUUAAAUAAUGAUGUUUAAUUAAAUGGGUGAUAAAAUUGAUAAAUUAUGAAACUAUUUUUUUAUAUUUGGAUUCAAAACCAUCCAAGGCCAUGAACAGGCAACCAUGCAUGCAAAAACAGAGCUCGACUUUGCUUGCUUUUCUGGGAGCUUGUAUCACAUUUGCAUGUAACUAACACCAGAGGAAACCACAGAUACAUCGUUGAGUUGCUGCACCAGUUUCUGCAGUACGAGCAAAGUCAGAGUUUUUCUCUCUGAAAUAGUAGAAGUAGUAAGUGAGACAUUUUUCUUGCCAUUGGGUGAUAAAGGUAUAUCUGUCACAGAGGACACUGAAAUCUCUGCAGUUUCACAUUAGGAGUCCAUUGCCUGGUCACUGAUGUAGGAGCUAGUUGAAUUUCUAAUUUUCUCAUUCACAUAGCUGUAAAAAUAAUGAUGGUUGUCAUAUUUAAUAAAAAGUCAAAGUAUUAAGCAGAUUAGAAAGGACAGACUUUACUCCAGUGCAUUGAGCAUGAGCUGAAACGUUCUCUCUGGUGUUGUCACUGCUUCAGUUGGGCUUUAUCUCUUUCAGCUUGAUAGCAAUGUGUCCUAUUUAUUUUUAACAAUCAGUAGUCCAGUAUAAAAAAGGUUGCAGCUUGUAGUAAAGUUGCACAGAAGAACUUAAUGUGUUAAGAUCAGCUGAUUCAAACUUUUGGCUGUUGUCUUUACCCUCAGCUGCUACUUCACAGCCAGGCUUUUCUCCCAGACAGAGAGGCCCAUGAUGAAAAAUAAAGAGACCUUCAUUUUUUUCUAACACAGGGUACAUACAACCCCAUUCUCUGCAGUGAACUGUAUGUAACACUUUGGAAACUGAUCACUUUAACAUUUAGCAGAGUUUAAGUCCUAUGAUUAUAUUUUCUGUGAUACCUGGUGCUUACUCUCUCCACUUGACUAAAUCUAUGAAAUAAGAAUAAGAAUAACUUUAUUCAUCCCCGAAGGGAAAUUCAAUUGUCUGUUGUCUCACAUAAUAUAAAAUACAAUCAUUUGGAGGAGUUGUAUAGGAGUUGUACAUAUUUACUGUAUAUAUUUAUUUUUUUACUCCUGCACAGUUUAAGUUUAGCAAAUCAGUUACAAGGAAAAGAGUUUGGGAACUCUGUCAGCUUGCACUCUUAGGCCACCGUGAGCAACUUCAAGAAUCAGAAAAUGUCCCUGUGGCCAGUUAAAGGACUUUCACAUCUCACUUUUGGAUUUUGUGCCCACUUUUCCCGGCAUAACACCUCUAGCCCAGAAGCAGAAACUGAGAGUUCAGAGUCUAGAUACUAUAGCGGUAAUUCUUUACCGUUAAUCUUAAUGUCCCUGAGGAGCUUCAUGGCUGAUAUAUCAAAGUAUGAGCAGGAUCAUUCAAACUCUUUUCAUGUUCAGUAUCAGGACUGACCCUGUCAUGAGAUAGACAAUUCUUCCUAUCAGCUGUGUAACGGUUCCUGCACCUUCAGCUGCCAUAAAGCAUCAAUGAGCCCCCUCUAAUGUUCAGCAGUAAAGAUUUUUGAAAGAAAGACCAAUAUUAUUUUGUCACAUUUUUAUAUUGGUAAACUUGAUGUUUUUUCUAGUGUGUGAGUUUGUUAUUGUUUGAUAUUUAGACUUCGUAGAGGCCCACUGUCUUACCUUGUUCUUCACCUGCCUCUUUUUUUCUUCUCUUUCUUCUUUUCCUCGGUAUGUUUUGCUUGUCAACUUGCCCAAGACACAGUUUCUGAUCCAGGAGUGCGUGUCGCUGAUAUCAAAGCCAAACUUUAUCUCUACUCUCUGUUACGCCAUUGACAAUCCCCUGCAUUACCAGAAGGUAAGAAGUAGAUGCCACUAUUUCAGAAUGAAGUAUUCCGAAUGCACUGUAUGUCACUCAAAAAUGAAUGAUUCUUUGCACAAAGAGCAAACAAGAAAACAAAGUAGUGGGUGCAAAACACAAGUCAUGAACAAGAAAUCAAAUCACUUGGACAUGUUACAAUAUGACAAAAAGUUUUGUAUUCAUGGUGUUUUAUAUCUUGAACUGUCUUUCAGAGUUUGAAGCCAUCGGCCCAUCUUUUUACUCAACUUAGUAAAGUUCUCAAACUCAGCAAGGUCCAAGAGGUAAGUCACUAAUGCAGUUUCAGUACUGACCAAUCAGAAUCCUAUGUUUUACAUCCAAGACAGGACUUGCUUUUGAAAGUAGAACACAUCCAUUGUAGGCCCAAGAAUCACAGUUUUUGACCCUUUAAAUUGUGCCCUAGACUCAGAAAAAGGCAAAAACACGAGAGAUUAGGUUGAAAUUGAUUUCAUAUCACUUUAUUUUCCAGGUGAUAUUUGGCCUUGCUUUGCUCAACUCCAGCAACACAGACCUUCGAGGUUUUGGUAAGUUAAGAAGCUUGACAUUAAUAACCUCAUUGCUGACAUCAUGUGAGGCCUUUACUUGCGGUUGUCCAGAUGUUGGCUUUAAAAUGAUUAGAAGUGAACACAACGUUGGUCCUCUUUGACACUGAACAGAUAUUCUGUCAAUAGAUCAGUUUUUUUUUUCUAUUAAAAAAAGUUUGGUGGCCCUGAUUGCAAAGCCCUGUUAUUGAUGUGAAUUUUUAUCAUUAUGACAGAAAUCAGCACAGUUCAUACGAAUAUCUAGUUUUUCAGUCAAAAACGUGAAGAGGUUGCUGUAAGGAAACAUACAUUUAAAAAAAUCCAUCCAUUUAUAUUUUUUAAAAGUAAAACUGUGCUUAAAAAUGACAACAAAAGCCUGCUGUGAAAACUACAGUUAACUUCAACAAGCAAGAUGACUGCAGACAAAGCAACAGAGACCUGAGCUAAAGAUCACCUUGAAAAGGAUUCCCCACCUUUAGGUGUCCCCACACCCUGUUUCAGGCUACCACAGAUAGCAUUAUAAAAACAUCACCACCACCUCCUACUUGCUUGAAUAUUCCUUCAGCAGUCACACGUUGGCUCAUCUCGACUUUUACAGAAAUUUUGCGAGUUACCUUGCAGCAAAGUCCGGGUCAAAGCCCAGUGAAAAUCUUGGUUAAUGCGUGCACCCCCUUGAACUUUCUGCAGGUUUGAUUUAAAACCCCGUUUAAUUGAAUUCAUGGUCUGCAUCCGACUGUUUGGAGCGUCUCUCUCUGCAGACAUCCUCACUGCAGGAGGUCUGUGUGUGCGUGCAGCUGCGCCGUCAUGAGAAUAAACAUGCUACAGGCCCACUGUUCUCACAGGCUUUAGGUUAAAAUGACCUUUGUUCACCUUUCCUCUAGUUGCUGUCUGUGAACAGGUCUUCUUGUGUUACUGUCUCAUCCUGAUCAGAUGGAGGGUGAUGACGGCACAGUUAACGUUGUACCAAUAAAUAAAUAAAUACCAGCAGAGCCCUCCACUUCGUUUCAUUCAAACAGUCACAUAAGUAUCAAUAGAAUAAAGUGCAGUCCCCAUGAAAAUACAUGGUCUGAGUCAGUUUUUGUAGGAUCAGCAGUAUUUCCUCCUCUCUCAUCUUCACCUGCUACUGGUAGAGCUUCUUCACUUGUAAAUGUAGUGAGGAGUGCUACUCCACAUGUUACAUUGCAGCACCACCAAUAAGGGGUGAGCAAUAUGGAAAAACUCAUAUUCUAGUGAAAACACAGAUUGAUGGAAUAUAUGGUGAAUUGCGGGGGAAGAGUUAAGUGUUGUACAGAAUGGUACAUGUGCAGGAAAAAUGAAUUGGCUUUUAUUGACAAAAUAAUAUGCAUUACUAACUCUUUUUUUUUUUUUUAUUGCUCCUAUCAGCUGCGCAGUUCAUAAAGCAGAAACUUCCAGAUCUCCUACGGUCAUACGUCGACGCAGAUCUUGGAGGAAACCAGGAAGGUGGCUUCCAAGACAUUGCCAUAGAGGUCUUGCACCUACUGCUCUCCCAUCUACUGUUUGGCCAGAAGGGAGCCAGUGGGGUCGGGCAAGAGCAGAUCGACGCCUUCCUCAAAACACUUUGCCGAGGUAGAGGGAUUAACACGAAUUUGGUUAACCAUCUGGCUGAUCCUUGAGCAUAGAAAUAAAAACAGUAAAUGUCUUUUUCAGAAUUGAUAGAAACUGUCUAAAAUUUCCCACCAAAACAGUUGACAGUGUUGCUGCGCUACAUUUGUUUUUCUGACCAUGUGAUGUGUUCCAGAUUUCCCCCAGGAGCGCUGCCCUGUGGUGCUCGCACCACUGCUGUACCCUGAAAAACGGGACAUUCUCAUGGACAGGAUUCUGCCAGACUCGGGGGAGUUAGCUAAGACCAUGAUGGAGAGUUCUCUUGCAGAAUUCAUGCAAGAAGUUGGUUAUGGCUUCUGUGCAAAGUAAGUGAUUUCUCUUUGACAUAUUCACAUAGAUUUAAUUUCGAAAACGCUCUUGUUUGAUGACAAGUCUGAAGCUGUGUUUUUAGAAACAUGGUUGAAAGUACAAACCUUGGUGUCAUCCUGUGUGUCCUCUCAGUUUGGAUGAGUGCAGAAACAUAAUCAUCCAGUAUGGGGUGAGAGAGGUGACAGCCAGCCAGGUUGCCAGGGUUCUUGGCAUGAUGGCUCGUACGCACUCUGGCCUAACCGACGGUAUCCCACUACAGGUACGCAACACUGUAAAUGUAUGCAUUCUGAAAGCAUGACAGAAAUUUAAAAAGCUGAAAUGGUUUGUAGAGUUCAGGAAAAAAGUGUGUGAAUUGAAAUGGGUUGUUUGCAGUGUGAGUUUGUAACUGUUGCUCACACUUACUUUGACAUUAGAAUAUUGUUCCAUGUUGAUUAUGUACAUGCUUUCUUCUUUGUCAGUGUCAGUGACCUUUCUUUUCUUUGCUGCUCUAUGUCACAGUCCAUCUCCGCUCCAGGAAGUGGCAUCUGGAGUGAUGGUAAGGAUAAGAACGACGGUUCGCAGGCUCACACGUGGAAUGUUGAAGUUCUCAUCGACGUUGUGAAGGAGGUGGUGAGUGAAUCUUGUCCUGAACUUGAACAGUUGGUUUGUGUAUCAUUUUGAAUACGAGAAUUGAAAAUCAAUCAUUACACCAGCACAGUUCUAAUGAAAACCUGGAUUGUCCCAGUUUGUCUUGCUGUGAGGUCUUUGGGCAUGUACUGUAUGUCAUCACUGUGGAAUUGCAGUUGGUCAAAUCUUGCACUAGUACUCAGGCUAACAAAUUACUAUCUUAUACUGAAAAAGAAACUUUAUUUUGUUUACCUUCAAAAGUUUUUAUUUUUAUGUUUCUUUUGCUGUAGAAUCCCAACCUGAACUUCAAAGAGGUGACCUACGAGCUCGACCACCCAGGCUUUGUAAUCCGGGACAGUAAAGGCCUGCAUAUAGUGGUGUAUGGCAUUCAGAGAGGGCUGGGCAUGGAAGUUUUUCCUGUCGAUCUCAUCUAUCGGCCAUGGAAACACGCUGAGGGACAGGUAAUUUAACAGCAUCUGCUCCAUCAGGAUGAUGUGACUUCAAAAAGGUUUUGUUGUAGUAGCAAACUAAAUUUGAACUAAACACGAGACUAACUAAAAGGUUAAAAGCCCGAGAAUACUGAGUCCAUAUAGGAACGCAUUUGUGUGUUGAGCCGUGGUUCAGUUAAUAAGACUCAAUCAUUGUUUUCUCUGUCUGAAUCUGUCUUUCUUUGCUCUUUCUGUUCUCAGUUGUCAUUUAUUCAGCACUCUCUCAUGAGUCCAGAAGUAUUCUGCUUCGCUGACUACCCUUGCCACACUGUGGCCAUUGACAUCCUGAAGGCCCCACCAGAGGAUGACAAUAGGGAGAUUGCCACCUGGUAUGGAGUUUGUUUCUUCCACAAAAUUGAAACAGUCACUUUCUUGUCUCCUCACUCAGUGGAGUUUUGGAGAAUGAAGGGCUUGUUUAAAAACAGAUUUCAUUCAUUUGUGUACUCUUCUGUGGCCAUCGAUUGAUUAUAUUUACCAGUUAAACUAUAAAGUUGAUGAAACCUUUUCAAAUGUGUAGACUGUGCAUUUCCUCGAGCAUCUUAAGAUCCUAACAGGACAGGUCUUUUUAGACAGAGGCAAAAAAUGUCGAUGUCACAUGUUCAAUUAGGAGAGAGUCCUUAUCUCCUGAUCUGCUUAUGUCUUAUCUCCAAAAACAGGCUGCUCAGUUCUCUUUAAGUGGCUUGAUAAUUUUAGUACAUGACCUCAAGAUAAACUACAGUGUGCCGUAAGGUUUUCCUCAAGUUAAUGGCAACUAAAACAACCUGCAAUAGAAGACAGAGAACAGGGUACAUCUGUCAAAGUAAGCACAUUUUGUGACGUUGAAUGAUAAGGGCUUAUAGUUAUAUUUUGUCUUUCUAGUCAUAUUUCUGACAAACCAUCUGAUAAUAAAUGUCAAACAUAAAUGAUCUCUUGCCCAUUGACAACAAAUAAAAAAAACAACUUAUUUGGCAAACUGAAUGUCACUCAGUAAAAGUGUACAGGUGAGUUUACAGCUUGCUGUGUACAGUGUGUCUGACCCUCCCCUCGACUUUUUCACAGGAAAAGUCUGGACCUGGUGGAGAGUCUGCUCAGGCUGUCUGAAGUGGGUCAGUAUGAGCAGGUGAAGCAGCUUUUUGGCUUCCCCAUCAAGCACUGUCCGGACAUGUUGGUGCUGGCGUUGCUGCAGAUCUCCACCUCCUGGCACACGCUGCGCCACGAGCUCAUCUCAACCCUAAUGCCCAUCUUUCUGGGCAACCACCCAAACUCUGCCAUUAUCCUGCAUUAUGCCUGGCACGGACAGGUGGGUGUAAUGGAUAAAUGUUGGAGGUUAUUAAGUUUAGUGAUCAUGGUUUCCUCGUGAACUGAUUAAUUUUAUGUUGAUAUCUUCGUUAUUUAUUGAGUUGUGAUCUUAAUGUCUGUUAAUGGUUAUUUUUCUAGGGACAGUCUCCUUCAAUCCGUCAGUUGAUUAUGCAUUCAAUGGCUGAGUGGUACAUGAGGGGGGAGCAGUAUGAUCAGGCGAAGCUUUCACGCAUCCUUGAUGUAGCCCAGGACCUAAAGGUAUGCCAGAUUAUACUAACCCUUGCCUCCAGAUACCUUUAAGCAAAGUACUACAGUGAGGUUCUGCUUUUGGACCACCUGACUUAAGUUUAUUUGUUGCCCUAUGUUCUGUUCUGUUGUAAAUGUGGGCAUUUUAGAGAUUUAUGGCCAAGUGUCAAUUUUCAAAAAGACAUGGUUUUGAUGAUGUUCACAUUUGAAAUACGUCUUUUUUUCCCCCCACAGUCUCUGUCAAUGUUGCUGAAUGGUACUCCAUUUGCCUUUGUUAUUGACCUUGCUGCACUUGCCUCUCGCCGUGAAUACCUCAAACUUGAUAAAUGGCUGACUGACAAAAUCAGAGAGCACGGGGUAAGACAUUCACAUCAAGGGUUAAUGAUUUUUCACCGAGCCUUCUACCUUGUGUUGUGUUUCACAAUCAUUUGUUGUGUUGUGUCAGGAACCUUUCAUACAGGCCUGUGUGACAUUCCUGAAGAGGCGUUGCCCAUCUAUUAUGGGAGGCCUGGCCCCAGACAAGGACCAGCCCAAAAGUGCUCAGCUCCCUCCGGAGACCUUGGCCACCAUGCUGGCCUGCCUGCAGUCCUGUGCUGGGUGAGGGCUUUCUGUCAUAAUGUCUGUUCACUGGUAUUUAAUGUCCGAUAUUGUCAGUUAUACUCAAAGUGAUGCUUCAGGGGGACACAUUUAGCUCAGAGGUUAGGCACACACCCUAGAUACAGAGGCCUCUUCGCGUCUUGUCAUUGCCCCCUUUGUCUUCACUCUCACUCCAUUUAAUUUGAUCACUUUUUCCACAGGAGCGUGUCCCAGGAGGUGUCAGAGACUAUCUUGACCAUGGUUGCCAACUGCAGCAAUGUAAUGAAUAAAGCCCGGCAGCCGCCACCAGGGGUAAUGCCAAAAGGCCGUGCCCCCAGCACCAGCAGCCUAGAUGCCAUCUCUCCUGUCCAGGUCAUUAUACAUCAAUACUUGUCCAAUAGUCAUAUAAUUUAAAGUUGUAGUUGAUACUUUUAGUUGUUUCACCAUCAACAUCAUCUUGAACUUUGGACUCUUCUUGCACUGAACUCUCUCCAUCUUGACCUCAUUCUUUGUUGCUUUUUCUUUGUCUCGUUCUUUUCUAGAUGGAUCCUCUUUCAGGCAUGGGUUCCUUGAACCUUGGUGGCACAGCCACCUCCCAUACUCAAAGCAUGCAGGGUUUCCCAACCUCCCUAAGUUCAGCUUUCAGUAAUCCCCAAUCCCCAGCAAAGGCUUUCCCACCACUUUCCAACCCCAACCCCAGCACACCAUUUGGGGGCAUAGGCAGCCUGUCCUCUCAGCUUCCUGGUAUGGACUCUGGUACUACACAAUUUUAUUCUUCUUCUCCAUUACGUAGCUCUCACUUAAUUUAGCAAGACAAAAUUUAUGUGUGAAACCAGACACAGACAUUUUAUUGUUCGCAUGGUGCUAAAAGUAGAUUUCAAUUAUGCACACUAAAGAAUCAGGAAAAGUACAGAAUGGUUUGGGAUACAUGAUCAAUACGUUGAGAAAAUGAGAAAAUCAAGUCACAGAAUAACAUUUUUGUAAGAGAUGGCUUUCCAGUUGAAUCACUCGCCUCAUCUAGAAAACAAAGGAGAGUAGUUCAGGCUGAUACAGGAACAGGACUUAAAAUGACUGAAGUACUUUGUCACCUCCAGGUCCCUUGGGCUCAGGCAUUGGCUCGGGUAUUGGAAGUGGUCUGGGGAUGCCAGCCGUCAACACCGAUCCUUUUGGCACGAGGAAGAUGAGCACACCGGGCCUGAACCCGCCUACCUUUCAGCAGAGUAAGAUGAAGGCCUGUAAGUGGUGGUGGUAUUGGUGUGACUGAGAGCCCCGCCCUGCGCUGCUCAGCACUGUAUUUCCUCUGCAGAAGAAAUUAUAUCAACCUGAUCAACACAUUUAUUUAAGAUGCACUUCAGUGUGCCUAAUUGAUGGUGCAUUUUAUUAGUGUCACUUGAUUUUGAAAAAGACAACUAUCAAAGACCUCGUGGAAGUCUUUAGAAAAAUAUGACUGUCAUACAUGCUUUCCUUGGUAUGAAAUGUCAACUGUUGAUACAUAGUAAACAACAGAGGAAAUACAGAUCAGUCUUCCAUUCCUUGUCUGCUUUUGCUGACAGCCCCACUUUAGAGUCAUUUCUACACUUUUAAAGCUUCUAAAGCUUCAGGUCUAACCUGACCUAAUCAGCUCGAAUGCUUUUUGAUUCCCAAUCUUUUACUUGAUUGAACAUUGAGUAUAAUGAAAUUCUGAAUCACUGGGCUUAUGCUGCACCAGUGUUGGACUACAAUGAAGUAACUGACAGUUAGUGUUAUGUGUCUUUUUUUUGUUGUUGUUGUCUUUCAGCUGACCUUUCUCAGGUGUGGCCAGAGGCAAACCAGCACUUUAGUAAGGAGAUAGACGAUGAAGCAAACAGUUAUUUUCAGCGGAUCUACAACCACCCACCUCACCCAACCAUGUCUGUAGAUGAAGUAUGUAGUGGCAUUAUUCAUUAUCUUUACCUGUUAUCACACUAACUAUCAAAGACAUGCUCAUGCUUUCGGUGAACUACCAAUUAGCAAGAAAUUUCAUGCUACAGAGAUGUUCCUGCUCUUUGCAAAGUCAUGCUAACCUAACCCCCCUUCUGAUAGGUACUGGAGAUGCUUCAGAGGUUCAAGGACUCAACCAUCAAGCGUGAGCGGGAGGUGUUCAAUUGCAUGCUGAGGAACUUGUUUGAGGAGUACAGAUUCUUCCCACAGUACCCAGACAAGGAGCUGCACAUCACAGCCUGCCUUUUUGGCGGCAUUAUUGAGAAGGGACUUGUGACCUACAUGGCCCUGGGUUUGGCCCUCCGAUAUGUUCUUGAAGCCUUAAGAAAACCCUACGGAUCCAAGAUGUAUUAUUUUGGAAUCGCUGCCCUAGAUAGGUUUAAAAACAGGUAUUUGAGUGUUGUUUGGUAAAAUAUGCUCUUGUUUAACUAUUAGUUUUUUUUUUUACUAACAUGCCAUUUAUGCCGCCAGACUGAAAGACUACCCUCAAUAUUGUCAACAUCUGGCUUCAAUUGCCCACUUCUUGCAAUUCCCCCACCAUUUACAAGAGGUAAUCAGGUUUCCUUAAUUUACCUCUUCUGAAGUCUUUUGUUUCUGUCAUUACUGGGCUAAAGGAAGAGAGCCCUUCAUACAGAAUUAAAAAGUAAAUCUCUCGCUCUGUACUUUUCAAUAUCCUGUGUGUACAGUAUAUCGAGUAUGGCCAACAGUCACGGGACCCUCCGGUGAAGAUGCAGGGUUCCAUCACCACUCCUGGAAGUCUGGCAUUAGCACACGUACAAGCCCAGUCUCAAUCUGGUGGACCCAAAGCCUCGCAGACAGGUCAACCCAGCACCCUCGUCACCACCACCACCACCACAACUACAGUGGCGAAGACCACCACCAUCACAAGACCAACACCCAGCAGCUUCAAGAAGGAUGUACCUGUGAGGAUGGCGUUCUUGAUGCUUGAACAUCCUAUUGCAUGCUUUUUCAAUUUUGUCCAUGUUUUUUCAUUGUGCAUGUGCAGUGUUUCAAAGAUUUUUGUUGUUGUUCCUGUCUGCAGCCCUCCAUCAACACAACCAACAUUGACACCCUGCUGGUGGCCACUGACCAAACAGAAAGGAUUGUAGAGCCUCCAGAGAAUGUUCAGGAGAAGAUCGCCUUUAUUUUCAACAACCUCUCUCAGUCCAACAUGACACAGAAGGUAAAGUGAACCACAAACUCGGCUACAUCUCAAAUCAUAGUAGUCAACACUCUUUUAAAAACAUGUCUUUUUUUUCAGGUUGAGGAGUUGAAAGAGACAGUAAAGGAAGAAUUCAUGCCCUGGGUGUCCCAGUACCUGGUAAUGAAGCGUGUCAGCAUUGAGCCCAACUUCCACAGUCUCUAUUCCAACUUUCUGGAUACUCUGAAGAACCCUGAGUUUGUCAAGAUGGUCCUCAAUGAGACAUACAGGAAUAUAAAGGUACAAAAGCUCCUGAAACUAUUCAGUCCUUUAGUUUUUUCUGCCAACAAAAACUUUGAAGUGCUGCGAAAGACUGUUCAUGACUCUGAAAAUGCUUACCUUCCCCGUUUUCUCCCCUCUUUUAAUUUCUGUCAGGUUCUUUUGACCUCUGACAAGGCAGCUGCAAAUUUCUCUGAUCGCUCCCUGCUGAAGAACCUUGGUCACUGGUUGGGCAUGAUUACACUGGCCAAAAACAAGCCCAUCCUUUAUACAGUAAGAGAAUCUACCAAGAUUUUUGGAUUUGUUUUUCCAUUAAGUUGUGAGUCAGCUGCCAACUUGACACUGGUUAAAAUGUGUGUCUUUUAUUACCAGGAUCUGGAAGUUAAAUCUCUGCUAUUGGAGGCUUAUGUGAAAGGCCAGCAGGAGCUUCUGUAUGUUGUUCCCUUUGUAGCUAAAGUUUUGGAGUCAAGUCUACGCAGCAUGGUGAGUAAAGUAGAUGUAGUAAAGACCUCAUAGGUAUUAAUGAUGCAUCACACUUCAUUUUUCAAAAAAAAAAAAAAAAAAAUUGUGGAAAAGGGUUUGAGCUCAUCUGGGUUAUUUUUGGUUCAUCAUCGUCUCUCAUUAUGUGUCUGACAAUGCAGGUUUUCAGGCCCCAGAACCCUUGGACCAUGGCCAUAAUGAAUGUUCUUGCUGAACUGCACCAGGAGCAUGACCUCAAGGUAACUCAUUAUUCUCCAGUUAAAGCCUCUUACACACACUGUAGCUCUUUGAAAACACUUGGAUUAAAACCAUACAGUGAUCUUUGUUUCAUACCAAAAUGUUGUCCGUAUUUUUGUGAAUGUUCAUAUUGUCCUGCAUUCUUUUAUACUUUUCUUUUCUCUACCUUCAUGUUUCAGCCAUUACAUAAAAAAAACACAAGUACAGAAAUCUUUAUGAAAUUUUGAAAUGAAUGAAAUUGCUCACAUUGUUUUCUGUUUACUACAGCUGAACCUCAAAUUUGAGAUUGAAGUUCUGUGCAAAAACUUGUCUCUGGACAUCAAUGACCUCAAGCCAGGGAACUUGCUGAAGGACAAAGAGAAGCUGAAGACUCUGGAGGAGCAGCUGUCUGCACCAAAGAAGGAGACAAAGCCUCCAGAGGAGAUGUUGCCAGUUUCUACCACAGGUGGAUGCUACUUUCUUUUCCUUUUGCUGCAUGUUGCUUUUUUAAAUUUUCUGUAUGUGAACAUGCUGUAACUCUCAGGCCAGACACAAAAAAGAAGCUUCAUAUCGGCUUAACAUCAUUUGUCAUCAUUUUUGAUAUUGGUAUUAGAUCAUAGGUUAGAGAGCAAAAUUGAUGAAAGGAACAAAUCAGGUGCAGUUUAUUAUUAAGGUAGUCUUUGAAACCCUGACCUGAAUCAGAAAAUAACAAAUCAAUAUGUGAAAAAGCUGGAAUGAUUAUUAUUACAUAAAUUUGACAAUGACUCUCCUCUUAGUUUUGUCAGAUUUAACUUUUAUUUUUUAUCUUUCUAAAUUCUCAAAGUACUUGUUCUUGUUUUCUACAUACUCCAUCCACUGUUUGUGUUGCUUGUUUACUUUAAAUCCUCAAUUAAAGACCAAUAUUUAGUUUGCAGCCAGGAUCCUAAUAAUAACCAAAAUCAUGAGCUUGAUGGGUGAUCAAAGGACAGCAUUCAGCUAACUACCAGAACAGAUUCACAUUUAUUAUAAAGAAAAUGGAAAUAAAGGAAACAACUCAGCAGUCAGUUCAUGUUCAGUGGUAGUGAACCACAGGUCAUCUCCAUGCUGUUUGUAGCUUUUUUGUUUUUGUUGUGAUUGAGUUUACCUUUGUGCUCUGUGAAUAGUGCAAUGUCUUUUUGGCCGGAGUUGGCAAAUAUGACCCUCACUUUGUGUAUAAUAUAAACAGAUAUCAUUCUCAGACUGACAGGGUUCCUACGCAAGUAUGGAAAUAAAUUUGAUCAAUUUCCAGGUCUUAAAAAGUACGGAAUGAAAAAUUACCACAGUUCUAAAAUACUGUUUUCUAAAAUAAAAAAGGAGUUAUUUCCAAAAAAUAAUUCUGAAAAGUAAGGUAUGGAAAAUCCAACUGUGUAGGAUCCCUGGACUUAGAGAAUUGGAUAUAAAGGCCUGCCUCUAAUAAAAGCCUGCUCUAUAUACAGGCCUGGUACCCGAGGCAGUAAAAACAAAUAAAAGGCCUGUCCUGUAUUUGAGGAUUUACGGUACUUUACGGUAAAGCUAUGUAUUCAUAUAUGUUGCUUGUUAGUUUGCCUGCUUUCUGCUUAUGUUGUCUGUCAAGUUUGUUUUGUCUGUGAUUUUAAUCCAAUUAGCGUUUUGUGACCAACAGGAGACUUUGUUCCAUUUGCAGCGCCUCCAACAACCCCAGCUGCAACCACCACCACUUGCACAACCACUGGGCCCCCCACCCCACAGUUCAGCUACCAUGACAUCAAUGUUUAUGCCCUGGCAGGCCUUGCCCCCCACAUCAAUAUCAAUGUUAAUGUGAGUAUUGAUGGGAUGCAAACCACUUACACAGAAGUGUAGUCUCUCUUUUGAAGUCACUAGAAUACUAUUUGUUUUGCUAAUCCUUUAGUUUGAAAGGUUGUUUCCUCUCUCAUCUUUUCUGCCAUGCUUCCAUCAUCAGAUCCCCCUGCUUCAGGCCCAUCCUCAGUUGAAGCAGUGCGUACGACAGUCAGUAGAGCGAGCUGUCCAGGAGCUAGUUCACCCUGUGGUUGACCGCUCCAUCAAAAUUGCAAUGACAACCUGUGAGCAGAUCAUCAGGAAGGACUUUGCUCUGGAUUCUGAGGAGUCCCGUAUGCGUGUGGCUGCCCACCAUAUGAUGAGAAAUCUGACUGCUGGCAUGGCAAUGAUCACCUGCCGGGAGCCUCUGCUAAUGAGCAUCGCCACCAACCUGAAAAACAGCUUUGCUGCUGCACUUAGGGUGAGCUGAAUGCUUAGAUUUGGGAUUAAAGCUUUACAUGUUGGAUAUUUGGAGGUAUGAGCUUUGUCAUACACUUUGUGUAGUCCUUGUUUUUUUUAACUUGUGGUCUUCAUUCCUCCAGGCACCAACCCCUCAACAGAGGGAGAUGAUGGAAGAGGCUGCUGCCAGGAUUGCCCAAGACAACUGUGAAUUGGCGUGCUGUUUUAUUCAGAAAACAGCUGUGGAGAAGGCUGGUCCUGAAAUGGACAAGAGACUUGCCACGGUGAGACUGUGCAGACAGAAAUGUGUUUCCUGUGAACAGAAAGUGGCUAGUGUCAUAUUCACAUAAAAAAAAAAAAGUAUGAUAUAAAAUCCACAACUUGUGGUGGACCUCAGAAAGUAUUGCAGUGAAAAACAAGAUUUCAUCUUAGUGAAAGUGAUAACUACUACGAUAUAACAUAACAAUUUGCCAUUUGACUUGAAAUCAAGUAGGAAAGCACAAAUUUGGUGGUAAGCUGCUCAGUUAGCAUGCAUGUAGCUGUUUAAAAGUGAAAUUGUUGGUUUGUUAUUCAUUUAUAUUUCUCUCCUUUUGCGUUUUUCUUAAAUACUUUGUUGAUACAUUAUUGAGAAGCAAAAAAGUCAGCAUUUUAAUAGAGUCUCUGCUUUUCCAGGAAUUUGAGCUGAGAAAGCAUGCACGUCAGGAGGGCCGUCGCUACUGUGAUCCUGUAGUUCUGACUUACCAGGCUGAGCGUAUGCCUGAGCAGAUCAGACUCAAGGUGAGAUCUCUGUGCAAUUCAGUAAACUGAGGAAAAAAUGCUGGAACUGUUCACAUGAUGGUCUGCCCCACAUAAUUUCUAAUUAUUCAACCUACUUGACUUUGUGCAAAGUCUGUGUAAUCAGUUUGUUAGGUAGAAAGUGCAUGUUUGAAUUUUCUGUGUCUUUAUGUAUUGUAGGUGGGAGGCGUGGACCCCAAACAACUGGCUGUAUAUGAGGAGUUUGCAAGGAACGUUCCAGGCUUCUUACCCAGUAAUGAUCUCUCUCAGCCCACCGGCUUCUUGGCUCAGCCCAUGAAGGUACAUUUUUUAACUGUCUUGAAGGCAAAUUCAAGACAGUAUGAGUUAUAAUUUUAUUAAUUUAAAAUGAUUAUUUCCUCGUUUGCAACAAUCUACCUAGAGCAAAAAGAUCACUCACCGUCAUUGCUUUUCAUUUUAUAACCCAGUGUGUAAAGAGUUCAAACAGGACAGAACUCAAGUGUUUUUUAAUAGUCGGGACUGGAGCAUGUAGAAAAGUUUGUAACCCACAGACCUUGAUUCUAUCUCUCUGAAUUUCUGAUUACAGCAACAGGCCUGGGCAACCGAUGAUGUGGCUCAGAUCUAUGAUAAGUGUAUGGCAGACUUGGAGCAACAUCUUCACGCCAUCCCUCCAGCUCUCGCCAUGAACCCACUGACCCAGGCUCUGCGCAGCCUUCUUGAAGCUGUGGUUUUGGCCCGAAACUCCAGAGAUGGCAUUGCUGCACUUGGUCUGCUGCAGAAGGUAAGGCCCUGUAGAAGCUAAACAGAGAAUGACGUGAGAGCUGGGUUCUUCAGCUUAUGCUCACCUGAGCUUUUUUUGUCUUUAACCAAGGCUGUGGAGGGUCUUCUUGAUGCUACUAGUGGGGCUGAUGCCGACUUGCUGCUGCGCUACAGAGAGUGCCAUCUGCUGGUGCUUAAAGCUCUUCAAGAUGGACGUGCCUAUGGACCACAAUGGUGCAAUAAGCAGAUCACCAGGUGAGGAGAUAUUUAUAAACUAACCAUUCUUCACAUAAUCCCUAAUUUCUUUGUUGUUUGGCUGCAAGUGAAUCAUUGCAACAGAACUAUUUCUGAAUUGGAUGGUUGUUAAAGCUGAGUUUCCCCUGUAGCAGAUGGCAAUGAUGGAAAGCAAUGACCUACAAAUGUGAUUUGAUGUUUUCUUUCUUUUUUUCUUCUUGUGCAGGUGUCUGAUUGAAUGCCGGGAUGAGUACAAAUACAACGUGGAGGCAGUUGAGCUUCUGAUUAGGAACCAUCUGGUGAAUAUGCAGCAGUACGACCUGCAUCUGGCACAGGUACACAUUGUAGUCAGUAAUACAUUUUUCUACUAAAUGAAGUCUUUAGGGGGAUUUUGUCAUGACUGAAGCAUGUGGUUUGAUGUGCAGUUGAGGCUAAAGUCUUCUGAGUUAAAAGAAAGUGACCGGUGUUGAGGUACGUAAUGUGAGGAGUAUCAGAACAUGCCUAAUGUGCAUUAUUUUGAUUCCAGUCAAUGGAAAAUGGACUGCACUACAUGGCAGUUGCUUUUGCCAUGCAACUGGUGAAGCUGCUUCUGGUGGAUGAACGCAGUGUGAGCCACGUGACUGAGGCUGACCUCUUCCACACGAUCGAGACCUUAAUGAGGACCUGUGCACACUCCAGAGCAAAUGCACCUGAAGGGUAAGCACUGACAACACUAAAGCCAACAUUUUAUAAAUACUAAGUCUUUUAACCUGCAGACCUGUGGAUUUGGCUGAUUAUUUUAAAUCAGAGACAACAGACACUUCAUACAGACUAGACCAGAGGUUGCAACAAUGACACCCAUGAGUGUUACACAGACAGGAUCGUCUUGACUAACUGACUUUGGAUGCUGAUACUGUGAAAUGAAUUUGGGAAAGAUAAAAACCAGUCCUCUGUAAUCCCCCUGUGCAGGCUUCCCCAACUGAUGGAUGUUGUUCGCUCCAACUAUGAGGCCAUGAUUGACCGCGCCCACGGUGGGCCCAACUUCAUGAUGCACUCUGGGAUUUCCCAGGCUUCAGAAUACGAUGAUCCUCCAGGCCUGAGGGAGAAGGCAGAGUACCUUCUGAGAGAAUGGGUCAACCUCUAUCACUCAGCUGCAGCUGGCAGGGACAGCACCAAAGCUUUUUCUGCUUUUGUUGGCCAGGUGAGAGUACAUUCAUCCUAGUGAAGCUUCAUUCAAUCCAAACGAGCAAAAGCCAUUGUUUACCUUUGUUUUACUUUGUCGUGCAGAUGCACCAGCAGGGAAUCCUGAAGACCGACGACCUGAUCACAAGGUUCUUCCGGCUUUGCACAGAAAUGUGUGUGGAGAUCAGCUACAGGGCACAAGCAGAGCAGCAGCACAACCCAGCAGCCAGUGCAGCUAUCAUCAGGGCCAAGUGUUAUCACAACUUGGAUGCCUUUGUUAGACUCAUCGCCCUGCUGGUCAAACACUCAGGAGAGGCCACGAACACAGUGACGAAAAUCAACCUCCUCAAUAAGGUACAGUAACUGGACCAUUUUGGACUGUCUGGACAGGGCAUUACAGGAAACAGUUUGAAUGAGGUAGAGGUAGAAUCUGAGAAUUUGCUUCUGAAGUCCACUAUAUAGGCGACAAAUCUAACUCUUCCUUGGAAAAGAGAGAUGGAUUGAUGAAGGCUUUGAGAUGUGGACUCUGUUACCUUUUUUAAAGUAACUUUUUUCUAAUGAGGAAUUAAUCUGCAAAAAUCUCUUGGAGCAUUUGAUUAACUUCAAAAUUCAAUUUUUAUUUCCCUUCAUUAAUGAUACUCUGUUACAGCUGCAGACAAUAGGAAUGCUCAUUUUGUCAGAUGUUGUUUGUCAGUGGGCUGCAGCUUUACUUGAUUCUCAUUGCCCCCCCCUGCAUUGUUGUCGUAGGUGCUGGGUAUCGUAGUUGGGGUCUUAAUCCAGGACCACGAUGUCCGACAGACAGAAUUCCAGCAGCUGCCGUACCAUCGUAUCUUCAUCAUGCUGCUGCUGGAGCUCAAUGCUCCUGAGCAUGUCCUGGAGACCAUCAACUUUCAGACACUCACAGCAUUCUGGUAAGAGCUCCACAUGAUCACAUGGCCACAUUUUAAAGGAACCCUCGCAUGAGUUAACCGUGUUCAGUGAAGGAAAUAGACAUUGUAAUUGUUGUCCUAACACUCAAGAUGUUUUAAAUAGUUCUGCAUCUGAAGGACUGCUGCAGAUGAGUUUUAAAACCAUUGAAAUCUUUUUGUUUGCAGCAAUACCUUCCACAUCCUGAGACCCACCAAAGCACCCGGCUUUGUGUACGCCUGGCUAGAACUCAUCUCCCAUCGCAUCUUUAUUGCCAGGAUGCUAGCACACACACCGCAGCAGAAGGUAAGACAGGACUGUCUCACUUGCACAGUACAAUACUUGAUGUCUUUUUCAGUUAUAUACAAACCGCACUGUGGGUUUUGAGUUUGGUCUAAUCUCAACACUUGUUGUCUUGAAGGGUUGGCCCAUGUAUGCACAACUGCUGAUUGACCUCUUCAAGUACCUGGCCCCGUUCCUGAGGAAUGUAGAGCUCAACAAACCUAUGCAAAUCCUCUACAAGGUGCUGUCUCCUUCACUUUGUGUUCGUCUAGAGGCUUCCUAGAAAAUCCAUAUUUGUCACUUCAAAUGUUCUUAGUCUGACAGUGAACAUUUUCUCCUAACUGGCUGUUUGUUAUACACGAACCAAACUGAGUGAUACCAUCCAAAGUGCAAAGAACAGAUUGUGAUCUCUUCACUUCCUUGAUUUACUUACAAAGUCAAUGGAUCCAGCUGUUUCUGGCUCAUUAGGAAGUGGAAACCUUUGAACUCAUGAUUGUUCCUCUUGGCUGUUCAGGGCACACUGCGGGUGCUCCUGGUCCUGCUGCAUGACUUCCCCGAGUUCCUGUGUGACUACCAUUAUGGCUUCUGCGAUGUUAUCCCACCCAACUGCAUCCAGCUCCGCAACCUCAUCCUGAGUGCCUUUCCACGCAACAUGAGGCUCCCCGACCCUUUCACACCCAAUCUCAAGGUAAGCGUUCACUGAUGCAGGACCACCACUGAGCGAAUCUAGCGCUCGUGUCACAGUGUGCCAGAGACAGCCGAUGGUCAGAACAUGUGUUUUUGUUUGCCACAAUGAUUUCACGAACAUUCCCAUGUUUACUCCCUAACUACAGGUUGACAUGCUGAGUGAGAUCAACAUCGCUCCCCGUAUCCUCACCAACUUCACAGGCGUCAUGCCCUCUCAGUUCAAGAAGGACCUGGACUCGUAUCUGAAGACCCGUUCUCCAGUCACGUUCUUGUCUGAACUGCGCAGCAACCUGCAGGUUGGAGUAGUGCCCCUCUGUAAUUUAGUAGAGGUGUUGGUAGUACAACAGGAGAUUUGACAAUCUCUUCUUGUUUUUCAUCAGGUGUCUAAUGAGCCUGGAAAUCGCUACAACAUCCAGCUGAUCAAUGCUCUAGUGCUGUACGUCGGCACACAGGCAAUCGCUCACAUCCACAACAAGGGCAGCACCCCCUCCAUGAGCACCAUCACACACUCUGCACACAUGGACAUCUUCCAGAACCUGGCAGUGGACCUGGACACUGAGGGUGAGUUUUUGUCAAUGUUAUUUAUUUUUUUUGCCUUGUGCCAAUUGUUUGAUACAGCGCAGGUUUUUUUAUGACUGAUGUAGUAGUUGCAGGUACAUCAAUUGUCUUGCUUGUUCGUUUUAAGAGUCAAAUGAGAAGUUUAUGGAAAACUUGAGGUUUCUGCUGUUGUCUCCUCAGGGCGUUACCUGUUCUUGAAUGCGAUCGCCAAUCAGCUGCGCUACCCCAACAGCCACACUCACUACUUCAGCUGCACCAUGCUCUAUCUGUUCGCUGAAGCUAACACAGAGGCCAUCCAGGAGCAGAUCACAAGGUGAGACGCAGAUGGGUUCAACAGUAUCAAACACUUCAGUACAGAGAUGAAGUCCAUCACCAAGUAGGAGUCUCCGCACAGUUGUGUUCAGCCAAAGUUAUCUGCUCUUCUUUCAGGGUUCUGUUGGAGAGGCUGAUUGUGAACAGACCUCACCCAUGGGGUCUCCUCAUCACCUUCAUCGAGCUGAUCAAGAACCCUGCCUUCAAGUUCUGGAGCCAUGACUUUGUGCACUGUGCCCCUGAGAUUGAAAAGUAGGUCCAGUGUCUGACUCAAUAUUACAGGCUCGGUAAUGCUGUGAUAAUAUUGCAGAUCAUGUUCCACAGUUUCAGUGGGAAUUUGACGAACGCAGAUGUCUUUUAUGCAAGGCUGAUAUGUUACAUUUCCUCUCCUCUCUUGUUUCAGGCUGUUCCAGUCUGUGGCCCAGUGCUGCAUGGGACAGAAGCAGGCCCAGCAGGUGAUGGAGGGCACCGGUGCCAGCUAGCCUGUGUACCAGCCAGCUUGUAGCCCCUCGGGAGAGAUGCCGCGGCCUUGACCCACUCCCCCCACCUCGUACACAAACACACACACACACCUCUCCCACUGUACUGUUGGCACUGGAUUAAACUGGCACCCACAGUCAUUUGAGAUGUGGAUCAAAGGACUACUGCUCACGGAUCUAAGGAGUAAAAUUUUUGUUGAUCCCUCUGGGGUUAAGUUGACAUGGAGAGUACGGAUUGAGAUAUGCUGUUUAAUAUACUUUUUUUGAUGCUUUGAUGUAAAUAUUGGAAAAAAGGGAGAACGGGAGCAUAGAUAAGGGGAGAGAAUUGCACAUGUCAAAUAAAAUGUAAAGACAUGUAAAGACAUCGAAACACUUUCACUCACUACCAAAGUCCCUGGUUUGCUUCCUCCCACACAAAUCCUGUUUUUCUGACUUUUUUUUGCUUUCAGAGGCUGAAUGGUAUUAUGAUUGAAGAAAAAAAGCUGCCUGCUACUUUCGUUUGAUUCCUUUUUUUCCCUUUGUGGGACAGGAAAAUGGAGUUCAGUCUCCCAGGUGGGGUGGGGGUCUGCUCCUGGUGUGUUGGUGGAGACAGUUUGCUGACAGUUUGUCACUUUGAAGCUGGCUCUGGAAGUCUCUCCCUGGCACUUGUAAAUUGUUCAAAGUGAUGGUUACAUCGUAUCUUGACAAUUUGUACAAAGAUCCAAAUUGAAGAACAACAAUAGAAGGACCAAUACAGCCCAUUUUGUAACAUUUUGAAUGUUUUGUAAAUGUAUUGGUCCAUGUGUUGUAUUUUGUAGUCCUUUCUAGUUUGCCUUUAGUUCUUGCUACUUAACUGCAGUAUGCGUACAUACAGGAAAUAAAGCAUUCAAACUGCA